UUGGUCUAAAUUUCGCGUCAGAGUCCGAAAAUAGCGGUUUUCUAGAGAGAGAGAGCGGAAGAAGCAAAGUUCCCUCUGUCUCUCUCUUCCCCUUUCCGUGUGUUUGAAGCAAAUUUUCGAUCUUCUCUGCAAGUUUCUUCGGAUCUAAAGUUAGGGCUUUUCGAUUUAUUAUAAGGUAUUCAUUGUUAGGGUUUUGAUUCAAGUUCGAUUGUAUGGUUUGAUUUUUUUAUGGCCUGAAAAUUCUUGAUUACGCCAUGAGGAAAAAGCUUGAUACUCGUUUUCCUGCGUCUAGGAUUAAGAAGAUAAUGCAAGCAGAUGAGGAUGUUGGGAAGAUUGCAAUGGCUGUGCCGCUCUUAGUCUCUAAAGCACUGGAAUUAUUUCUCCAAGAUCUCUGUGAUAGGACAUAUGAUAUCACCCUUCAAAGAGGAGCAAAGACCAUGAGUUCAUUGCAUUUAAAGCAAUGUGUUCAAAGUUUCAAUGUGUUUGAUUUCCUUAAAGAGACUGUCAGCAAGGUCCCAGAUUUAGGGGGUUCCGAUGCUGCUGGUGAUGACAGGCAUGUUUCUAGGAGAAGGAAAGCUGCAGAUGAUGAAGACCAUGAUAGCGAUGAAGAGGCAAAGAGAACAAGGAUGCAAGAAGCAGGUCAUAGUAGUACAAGUGGCAGAGGAAGGGGAAGGGGGCGUGGAAGAGGUCGGGGCCGAGGUCGAGCAAUUGAGAGAGAAAGCACCCACGCUGAGAAAUGCGAUGAUGAUCUUGACAUGUCUCCUCAAGAUGACAAGCAGAAGCUGAAUACCAAGAGGCUUGACAAUGGGGCUGAGGACGAAGAAUCGAGGCAAAGCACUGCACUCGAUAGCAGCGGUAACCAAGUGUUGCGGAACUUCGACCUAAAUGUGGAGUUGCAGGAUGGGCACACCAGUGCACAUCCCGUUUCCAGAGAGCUUCCUCCAGAGUUGAAGCACGAAGAAUAUCCAGGUUGGUCUCUCGCCGAUGUGGACAAGAUGGCCAUUGACCCACUGCAGCUUGCUCAACUGAACCAGAAGAUAGGUGAAGAUGAGGAUUAUGAUGAAGAAGGAUAGAGAUAAGGUAAUCACGACUCUGUCCCAGGUUUCCAGCACACACAGGUUAGUUGCAAUCCCCUGCUCUGAUAUGCAGAGAUGGCCACAGAUAUUGUCAUGUUGAUGGGACAUACUAGAGUUUAGGAGAUCAGAAACAGGAAGGAAGAAAGGAAGACAAGGACCUAUCAUUUAGGUAACAAGGGGAAACUGUACGUAUUAUAACCCUCUUGAAAGGCUUAUAAGGAAAUUGGCAACCUACAUCUAGGAAGUGUAUUAUAUGCAGUAUACCUCCUCUUACUAUUAAAAGAAGUUCUAAUUUUCAUUAUCUUAUCUCUCAAUGUCACAAAUAUCGUGGCACUCCUUCUAACUAGGAUUUGAUUUUAUUAGUUGUAAAUAUCUUUUUAAUCUUCUUUUUAGUUGUUACCCAGUAGGGAAUGCAUUAGCUUUUACAAUGGAUGCUUCUUGACAGGCAUGCUUCCGUAGGGUGAUGGCUAUAUUGUAUGCCGGUUUGCUUGGUGUGGUUGUGUUGCACUUUACCCAGCGAUGCUCGCUGUUAAAUGGGUAUUCCUUUUUUUUUUCUCCUCAAUGGCACCUAGAGUGUAUGCAUGUGAUAAGGGAUUCGAUACUUGCUGCCUCGGCUUAGUUAACAUGACAAUUCUAGGUUUCAUGCCAUGGGGAUGAGCAGAAUGUUUCGUGCAGGAGAAAAUGUACAAAAAUUUGCUCAGAAGAUGUCAGAGCAUGGAUUACAAAGAUUUUGGCGUUUCAUGUUAGAAGGCUAAGAAAUCGGGUCAAGCGGAACAUAGGCAAAAUUGCAAAGAAGAAGGAAACUUUUAGGUUGCAAAAUGAAGUAAGAAACUUUAACGCUGCCCAAUGAAGUGCAACACACAUACAUUUCGUCAGAGGUUGGCAAGUCAAAAGGAGUUCCAUUUUAUGUACUCCUGGGCAAGACUGUUCUUCAUGUCAAUUUGGCCCUUGGAACUUCAUUAAUGUCAGCAAGGUAUCAGUUGAUGGACCACAGCAGAAGUACCCAUACCAGAUAAAAUCACUGCAUUCUUUUGCAUUUGUCUUGUAAUUUCUAACAAUAGUUAUACGGCUACCAAGAUGACUGAAUUCCUGAUCCUACUACCAUAAUUUAAAUUUACCAUCUCA